UUUAACAUGUAAAUUUAGAGAAUCAGUGUUAAGUUAUAUUUCAAGAAUGUCAGUUGGAAAAAAGCGGAAGAAUGACAUAGAAGAAGAAGAUAAUAAGAAAAGAUGUGUUGAUCAGUCGGAUAUUAUAGAAUUUUAUGAUAGUGUAAACACAGAAGGUCAAGAAAAAUUAAAAAAUAAUUAUUAUGAACAAGAUGAUAGAAUUUGUCAAUUAUAUGAUUUAGAAAAGUUUAAUAAGGUUAAUGAAUGUAAUUCUAAGGAAGAAAGUCAAGAUAAUAGCGAAAAUGAUAGAAAGUUUUGUGAAGAAAAUAAUGAUAUAUCUAAUAAUUCGGAGAAGGAGUCAUAUUGUUUUUUACAGGGAGAAAAAACGAAUAUUUCAGAGUUAAAUGAAGACCCUAAAAAAAUCAAUGGAGAAGAAUUUACUAAUUUAAAAUAUGAAUCAUUAAGUGAUGGUUCAGAUAUAAGUUGCAAGGAUAAAAGUCCAGAAUUUGUAGAUACAUAUAAUCCUAAUCGUCGUCUUCCAACACUGAAAAUUAAAGUUAAAGUGCCGUCACCUAUUAUUACACAUCCAUUUCAUGUUUUAUUGAUGAAGAAAUAUGAUUCUCUUGAUGAUUAUAUGUCAUCAUUUUUAAUUCUUAAUAACGAAGAGAUUCCAGUUAAUACAGCGCCUUCAUUGGCUAAAAUAGAGGCAAAACUUCUUAAUAAAAUAGAACAAGCAAAAUUAAAAGGAUCUUUAUGCAAAUCAUCAGCUUUAAUGAUUAAAAAAUCAAUUGAACCAGUUCGUACACUUGAUCAUUUAGAUCAUCUUAUUUCUCAUGCUAUAUAUUUCUCUAAACUUGUUGCUAAUGAAAGGAGAACCAACAUAUCUAGAGCUAGAAAGAUAUCUGGGAUGAUAAUAUCGUAUUUUAAAAGACUUUCUGGGGCAGAUGAGAAAGAAAAAAAAGAGGCUGAAAAGAAGAUAAGACAACUAGCUAAAAAGACAUCUUUAGAAGUUAAGAAAAAAUGGAAGCUUAUAGAAAAGGAAGUUCGAAGAAGAAGAAUGGAAAAGUUGGAAGAAGAGCAAAGAAAAGUAGGGAAGCUGCAUUUAAACAAGAUUCUUGAACAUUCUGCACAACUUCUUGAAGCUCAAAGGGAAGGAAUUAGACAGGGUUCUGAUUCUCAAAACCAGAAAACGAAAAAUAUUAAAGAUUUUAAUAUAAAUGGUUAUGAAAAUAACGCCAAGGAACAUGAUUCUACUAAUAAAAAAUAUCGUCAUAAAAUAUCUUGUAUUGAAGAUGAUGAAUUGCCUUCAGAAAAUUUGAAAAUUAAACAUUCAAUUAUUUCUAAUCAGCUAAUGAAUGAUUCAAAUAAUUCUACUGAUGACGAGUCCAACAAAAGUCAAGCCGAUUCAGAUACAAACUCAUCGAGUACGACUGGUAAUAUAUCGUUCAUUGAAGAUGACAUUCAACAUAGCGAUAAAAGUGAUAGAGCUUCUUGCGAAAGAGAUUUUGAAAGUUCUCAUGAAACAGAUGAAAUUGAUGAGACUGAUACUACUAUGGAUUCAGAAUAUGAUGAAGACAGUGAAUAUGAUAGCAAUGAAGAAGGGCCUGGAUUAGCUUUUCUUUAUAUGGAUGAAAAUAUACAAGCAAAUUCUUUACCUGCUUCAGCUAAUAGUAAAGAAUCUAAUACUUAUAGUUCAAUUGAUGUUGAAGACUCAGAAGCAGAAGAAUACGAUGAUGAGGAAGGAGAAAAAGAUGAUUAUAUAACUCAGAAUUCUAAUGAUGAUAACAUAAAAGAAAUUGAUAAAAAAUUAACAAACUCUGAAAAAUCAUCCUCUGAUUUAGAAGCAGAAGGCUUAAGUACAUGUGAUAAAAAUGAGAUAAAUGAUGGAUCUAUUUCUGAUAAUAAAAAAUCUCAACAGAAAAUCCCUAUUCCAUUUUUACUUCGUGGUACACUUCGUGAAUAUCAAUAUGCAGGGCUAGAAUGGCUAGUUGGUCUUUAUUCGAAUUCAGUCAAUGGGAUUUUGGCUGAUGAAAUGGGAUUAGGGAAAACAAUUCAAACUAUUGCAUUAUUAUCAUAUUUGGCCUGUGAAAAAGAAAUUUGGGGACCUCAUCUUAUAGUCGUACCAACAAGUGUUAUGUUAAAUUGGGAAAUGGAAUUUAGUAAAUUUGCACCAGGAUUUAAGGUUUUAACAUAUUAUGGUAAUUUGAAUCAACGUAAAAAUAAAAGGAAAGGAUGGUAUAAGCCGGAUACAUUCCAUAUUUGUAUUACAUCAUAUCAACUUGUCAUUCAUGAUCAGCAACCUUUUCGUAGAAAAAAAUGGCAUUAUUUAAUAUUAGAUGAAGCUCAUAAUAUUAAAAAUUUCCGUUCUCAAAGAUGGAAAGUAUUAUUGAAUUUCAAUACAGAAAGACGUCUCUUAUUAACAGGAACACCAUUGCAAAAUAAUCUUGCUGAAUUGUGGUCUCUUUUAUAUUUUUUAAUGCCACAUGGGUUAUCAGAAUCAAUGGCAAUUGAUUUUGCUAAUUUAAAAGAUUUUCAGGAAUGGUUCUCUAAACCUAUUGAUAGAAUGAUAGAAAAUAACAAUGAUACUGUCGAUAGUGAUGUUCAAAAUCAGAUAUCUAAGCUUCAUCAGCUUUUACGACCAUAUCUUCUGCGCCGACUUAAAGCUGAUGUUGAAAAACAAAUGCCUAAAAAAUAUGAACACAUACUUUAUUGUCGUCUAUCCAAACGACAACGUUAUCUUUAUGAUGAUUUUAUGUCAAGAGCAAAAACAAAAGAAACUUUAGCAUCAGGAAAUUUUCUUAGUAUUAUUAAUUGCUUGAUGCAAUUGAGAAAAGUUUGCAACCAUCCUGAUUUAUUUGAGAUUCGACCUAUUGUAACGUCAUUUGCUAUGUCACGUUCUGUUGUUGCUGAUUUUGAAAUUAAAGACUUUCUUAUUCGCAAACGUUUAUUGGAUCAAGAUCCAUUUUACAAUUUGAAUUUGGACUUUUUAAAUCUUAUUAUUGUAAAGAAUGAAGACAAAUCACAUAUAAUGAUGAAUGAAAUACGAUUACAUUGUGCAAAUAACGAAAUAUUGGAAUAUAUAGAAUCUUUAAAAUCUACUAUAGACUAUACUGUUUCAGAAAAUUAUUAUAACUUUAAAGAAUAUAAAAAUUAUGUUAUUCAAAGAACAAAAAUUUCAAAACUUCAAAAAAUUCAGCAUUUUAAUUAUCUCAAUCAUAUGCGAUGUCAAUCAUAUUCAAUAUAUGGCAGUGGCUUGAUUCAAUUUUGUUAUAUUUCAACUAAUAAAAUAUUAAAUAUGAAAGAAAAAACUAAACCCGAAGAUACUAUGAAUCUUUUUUGGAAAACUAGUAACUUUUUGUCAGAAGCAGUAUUGGAUCUCCAACAAAGGAUUGAUUCUAUGGAUAUAUUAUUACAAAAGUAUUCAUGUGUUACACCUGGAGUCGUUGCUACAGACUUAAAUUCAUUUUUACUGCAUGGAAUUUCACAACCACUAUUAAACUUAAUUCAACAAAAAUAUACAAAUAUUCUUCAUCCAAUGCAAGUUAGAUUAUCUAUUGCAUUUCCAGAUAAAAGACUUCUUCAAUAUGAUUGUGGAAAAUUACAAAAACUUGUUGUACUUCUUCGUGAGCUUCAAGCAAAGAACUGUAGAGCACUUAUUUUUACACAAAUGACACGUGUAUUGGAUAUUUUAGAGCAAUUUUUAAAUAUUCAUGGAUAUAAAUAUUUAAGACUAGAUGGUGCUACUAAAGUUGAACAACGUCAGAUCCUAACCGAAAGAUUUAAUAAUGAUUCAAGAAUAUUUGUUUUCAUUUUGAGCACAAGGAGCGGAGGUUUAGGUAUUAAUUUAACAGGUGCAAAUACAGUGAUUUUUUAUGAUUCUGAUUGGAACCCAUCUAUGGACAGACAAUGCCAAGACAGAUGCCAUCGUAUUGGGCAAACACAAGAUGUACAUAUCUAUCGGUUUGUAUCUGAAUAUACUAUUGAAGAAAAUAUAUUAUUAAAAGCAAAUCAAAAGCGAAUACUGGACAAUUUAGUUAUUGGAGAAGGUUAUUUUACUACUGAUCACUUAAAUAAAAUUAAUUGGCGUGAUAUUAUUCAAGCAAAUAUUAAAACUGAUGAUACUUUACAAAAUGAAAAAAACUUAGAACGUAUGUUAAUGGCUACUGAAGAUGAAAAUGAUGCUAUUGCUGCUAAAAUCGCAAGUCAUGAAAUGAAUACCGAUGCUAUUGAUUUCGCUGAACCAACUACCAUUAUUUCUAAUCAAGAUCUUACAAAAAAUACAUCUCAAACUAUACAAAAAUCUAAUAUUGCAAAUACAACACAAGAAAACCAUUAUGUAUCAACAUAUAAUGAUUUAUAUAAUACGAAUACCCAUUCAACGCCUGAACCCAGACAUAUUGAUGAAUAUAUGUUAGAUUUUAUAACUAUCGAAGGUUGUUCUGAUGAAUGGUGAUUUUAAUUUAGAUCUAGAAAAUACAUUUUGUCGACAUUGAUUUAUAUA